AUGGCGGGGUGGGGUGGGGUGCAGCCCCCAGCCCCGCGCUGCUUUGCUGUGCUGAUCUGGACCUGGUCCCAGAGCUGCUGCCCAGCGCAGAUGGCCGGGGGCAGCGACACGGACACCCUGCAUCUCUCCUCCGAUCAGAUCGAGCAGCUGCACCGGCGGUUCAAGCAGCUCAGCGGAGACCAGCCCACCAUCCGCAAGGAAAACUUCAACAAUGUUCCUGACCUGGAGCUCAACCCCAUCCGGUCCAAAAUCAUCCGUGCCUUCUUUGACAACAGGAACCUGCGCAGGGGCCCCAGCGGCCUGGCCGACGAGAUCAACUUCGAGGACUUCCUGACCAUCAUGUCCUACUUCCGGCCCAUCGACACCACGCUGGGCGAGGAGCAGGUGGAGCUGUCCCGGAAAGACAAGCUGAGAUUUCUGUUUAACAUGUACGACUCGGACAGCGACGGCCGCAUCACCCUGGAAGAAUAUCGAAAUGUGGUGGAGGAGCUGCUCUCCGGAAACCCCCACAUCGAGAAGGAGUCGGCGCGCUCCAUCGCUGACGGGGCCAUGAUGGAGGCGGCCAGCGUGUGCGUGGGGCAGAUGGAGCCGGAUCAGGUCUACGAGGGCAUCACCUUUGAGGACUUCUUGAAGAUCUGGCAGGGGAUCGACAUUGAGACCAAGAUGCACGUGCGCUUCCUCAACGUGGAGACCAUCGCCCUCUGCCACUGACACCUGUGGCCCCGCGGGGCAGGAGCGCUUGCCAGGGGUGCCAGGGGUGGCCGGGGUCCCUGAAAGCUACCAGUCACUCAUCUGUGUCCCACAGAGUGUGCUAUACGAGGCCUUGCUAUUUUUAUCAACAACAAUAAUGAUAAUAAAGGUUUG